UGCUUCUUCUUCUUAUUCUUCUUCCAAGCUUGACUGCGAAAUGGAAGAGGGAAAAUAGGUAACAGAAAAAAAAAAUUCAAGUAACCUGUUCUUGUUUAUGCUAACGUGCGCCGGGGGCGCUACUUUUUUUCUGCCUUUGUGCGUGUUGCUUCUUGUAGCACGCAUCACUGCCCCGGCGAAUUCGCUUUCGAAUUGACGAAAAUGCCCUCUUUUGCCGUCCCAUCUUCUGUUCUUGCCUUGCCGUGCCGUGCCAUGCCGUGCGUGUUUAUAUUGAGCUUUUAUUAACCUCGGCUUUAAUUUAUUUUAUGUGUUUUGACCAUCCUGCGCUGAAGGAGGUGCAUCGGCUUCCUGUGCACGCGCUUCUUUGAUGAUCGCCGGCGGGUGUUGUAUCUUGUGGGCCGGGGAUGGCUUGAAGUCGAAAUGACGGGAAUGCCCUCGUUCCUUUUGUCAAAGUGCUGUGUGAUUUUCAGUUUCUUUGACCUUUAGCUGUAGAAAACAAUAAAUGAAUCUCUUUCAUAUAUAAUGAUUUACGGAAAGCUGUGGGAACUGAGGAAGUUUCUGUGACGUGUAGUAGUUUGCCUCUAUACCUGGAAAACAACUGUACUUGGGUUUUUUCUUUGGUGGUGAAAUUGGUUUGCUCAGUGCUGAGGAUUAGUUUGGUAGUUUGGUCACUUCAAGAAUGUGGGUUUUUGGUCCUUUUUCUUUUCUCGUUGAGCCUGAUUGGUUGCCGAGAAAAAGGAACACGGAAAAAGAAUUUGAAAUUUUAAGAUUUGAUGAAACUGGUGUAUACAAGAAUCUUCUACAGGAAAUUGCCCAAAGAGUUGGUGCUCCAUUACCGCAGUACACAACAUUCAGGUCAGGCCUGGGGCAUCAACCUGUUUUUACAGGGACAGUUGAGUUGGCUGGAAUUACAUUCACAGGAGAACCUGCCAAGAAUAAGAAACAAGCUGAGAAGAAUGCAGCAAUGGCAGCUUGGUCAUCUCUAAAGCAAUUGGCAAAGGAAGAUGCAAGUUCUUCAUCUGAACCAGAGAACAAUGAUGAGCUAGAACAAAUCACGAUAGCACGUGCCCUAUCGAAUUACCGUCUGAAGGAAAAAAUAGCAACUCUAAACUCUGCCAACUCCCCAAUACCAUUUUCAAAAAAGUUUCAAAUUCAGAGCCCUAGGCCAACAAGUCCACAGCCUGCCCAUGCUACCUCUUCUAAAAUCCUCCCCUUAAUUUGCCUGAAGACAGGUCCUCGAAAUAGACCUACUUCAACUACAGCAGUUGACAGACCUGUUCCACCCAGGUCCACAUCAACUUCAGCAAAUGACAGAAUUGCGCCUUCACGACAAUCACCUGUUCAAGAACUCUGGGCAACUCAUUCUCAGAAAUUCCCUGCAGCAGGAGCAGCUCCUUACGUCCCUAUCCGACAAUUUGGGGCACAUUGCCAUGGCAUGGCUCAACCAGUCAGAAUAAGAAGUGUAGUGCCUGUUUACGCUGCACCUCAACGCCAAUCACCAUCACUCCCCCCUCAGGUGAUGCGAGGACUACCUGAACAAGCUCCUCCUGUUACCAUUAGGCAAACUUCGCUAGCAUAUGCUGCUCCACCGCCAUUUCGAAAAGAAGACCCAAUGAAUGUUCGAAAAGAUCAUUCAGCUGUUUGGAAAGAAGAAUCUCUGGUUGUUGAAAAAGAUCAUCCACCUGUUCAGAAAGAAGGAUCUCAGGCUGUUCAAAAGGAAGAUCCUCUAAACAUUAUGAAAGAAGAUCAUACAACUACUAUUGGUGCUGCUAUGCCAAAUAAAUUACCAGCUCAAAUAGAGGAAACUGGGAACCCAGCAAUAGAUAAGCUGAAAGAAUCUGAGACAAUACAAAGGGUGGAACAACUCUCAGUCUGAUCGUCGCUGGGGGAAGAAUUGGAUCCAUGAGAGAAUCUAAUGGUUUUUAUGCUUGUCUCACUUUUGUUGUAGUAUCUUCUUUCAUCAUAUUAUAUGAGUGUUUUUACUUCAA